AUGUCUCUCCCCAAGGACUUCCAAUGGGGCUUCGCCACCGCCUCGUAUCAGAUUGAAGGUGCUAUCGAUAAGGAUGGCCGUGGCCCUGCGAACUGGGAUACCUUCUGCGCUAAGCCUGGCAAGAUCGCAGACGGCAGUUCCGGUGUGACCGCCUGUGAUUCUUACAACCGUACUGCUGAGGAUAUUGCUCUUCUGAAAUCAGUAGGCGCUAAGGCUUACCGAUUCUCCCUCUGCUGGUCUCGGAUCAUUCCUCUCGGUGGUCGAAAUGAUCCUAUCAACCAGGCCGGAAUUGACCAUUAUCGCAAGUUUGUCGAUGAUCUCCUCGAAGCUGGAAUUACCCCUUUCAUUACUCUUUUCCAUUGGGAUGUACCCGAUGAGUUGGACCGCCGCUACGGCGGUCUCCUGAACCGAGAGGAGUUCCCUCUUGACUAUGAGCGAUAUGCUCGUGUUGUUUUCGAGUCUAUCCCUCGCUGCAAGAACUGGAUCACUCACAAUGAGCCCUGGUGCUCAGCCAUUCUGGGUUACAGCACAGGAUCUAACGCACCCGGUCGCUGUUCUGACCGCAAGAAAUCCGAUGUUGGCGACUCUUCUACCGAGCCUUGGAUCGUUGGUCACAACCUUCUUGUUGCCCACGGCCGUGCUGUAAAGAUUUAUCGUGAGGAAUUCAAGCCCAAGAACGGUGGUGAGAUUGGUAUCACCCUCAAUGGCGACGCCACAUAUCCGUGGGACCCCAAGGACCCGAGAGACGUCGAGGCUGCCGAACGUAAGAUCGAGUUUGCUAUCUCGUGGUUCGCCGACCCUAUCUACUUCGGAGAUUACCCAGCCUCAAUGCGCGCCCAGCUCGGUGACCGCCUUCCCACCUUUACCCCCGAGGAAAAGGCUCUUGUUUUGGGAUCCAAUGACUUCUACGGCAUGAACCACUACACUGCCAACUAUGUCAAGCAUCGGGAGGGAGAGGCUGCUCCUGAAGACUAUGUUGGUAAUCUUGACCUGCAUUUCUGGAACCACCGCGGUGAUUGUAUUGGCGAGGAGACCCAGUCUACUUGGUUGCGACCAUGCGCCCUGGGCUUCCGUGAUCUACUAGUCUGGAUUUCCAAGCGUUAUGGCUUCCCCAGAAUCUAUGUUACCGAGAACGGCACUAGCAUCAAGGGUGAGAAUGACAUGCCGCGAGAGAAGAUCCUGCAAGAUGAUUUCCGCGUCAAGUACUAUGACGAUUACGUGAGAGCCAUGGCCGAUGCUUCUAGGCUCGAUGGCGUGGAUGUCCAUGGCUACUUUGCCUGGUCUUUGCUGGACAACUUUGAGUGGGCUGAGGGUUACGAGACUCGAUUCGGCGUAACUUAUGUCGACUACGAGAAUGACCAAAAGCGUUACCCCAAGAAGAGCGCUCAACAUCUGAAGCCCCUAUUUGAUAGUCUCAUCAAGCAGGAGGAGCAUGUCGUAAAUGGGAAUGGUGUCAAGGCCGGACAGACCUGA